AUGCUAAACGAAAUCAACACAAUCCCAGGAUGGACAUUCCAAGGGACAGUUCAGUACGUAACGGCUGGUCAAACCAUAGCUUUGCCAGAUAAUGGACAUGCCAUACAAUUGGGCCAAGAUGGGAAAAUCAACCAGACUAUCAAAGCCGAUGCUGAUUUCAUGAAUUAUAUACUCACAUUCACUCUAGCUCCAGGUGGUCAGAAUUGUUCAGCCAAUGCUGACUUAGUAGUGUCAGGACCAGAUAAUCAGGGGGUCUUCUCUUUCAAGCAGCAUUAUGGCGAGGAAACAUGGCUGAGCUAUGGCCAAUACUUGGGCCUCGGGGGUCAGGAGGAACCAAUUAACCUUGUUUUUGAAAGCCAAGCAGUAGAAUCUGAUGAUAACUCCACAUGUUGGCCAGUGAUUGACUCAUUACUUGUGAAAUCAGUCGGAACAUUGGUUCAAGGCAACGCAAUAAGUCCUGUUCAGUCUCCAUUAAGACAAUGGGCUGUGGUUGGAACAAUCAAAUACAUAGACUCGAAGCACUUCUUUGUACCCUAUGGCAAUGCUGCAGUGGAGCUUGUCUCAGGUGUUUCAACAGGCACACAGACAGAAGUAACACUCACAGCAGGAGAUGCUAACAGUGCCUGCGAGGGAGAUUUUACAGUAGAAGUUCGAGCUGGAUCGAUAAUUCAGAAUUUUUCAGUAAGGAGUAAUGGGACAGGAUCAGCCCAUAAAUCUUCUAUGAAGUUUGAGCCAGGUUCGCAUCCAACUCCUCUCAGUUUUAUCAGCUACACAACAAGUCAGACAAAAAAUGGUAUCUUCUGCGGUCCUGUAGUUGAUGAUGUAGUGUUGCUUUCUUCCUAUGGGCCGAGAAUUGCAAUCAAGCGGAACAUUUUGAUUUCUCUGUUAUUUCUCAUAUGCAGGAAACAGAACUUAAUACCUGUACUGGAAGUGGAGAACAUCAAUUCCUGCGUUGAGAAACCAUUGUUUCUUUCUGAGGAAUUCUGUGCCAUAACUAUGAAGCUGGAAAAGUGCCAAGCCUUACAAAUGUUUUACACUAGCUAUAGAUGCAGUUUACAAAUGCUUCCUCCAUUUUCUGUGCUAUCUGCUGCCUGGUCCAGAGCAAUGCUAAGCUCAUCUGAGUUGCACGUUUAA